AUGGAGGAGAUGCAGAGGAGGAGCAAGAAGAGAAUAAUGAUGAAGCAAUGCAACGAGAGCACAACGCAGACGCAGUUGAUGGACCUCCCCUUGGAGAUCCUCCUGGCAAUCCUUUUGAGGCUGCCCACAAGAUCACUGUUUUCUUUGCUUUGUGUCUCUAAGACCUUGCGUAGCUUAGUUGACUGCCCAUCUUUUGCUCACAAGCAUUCAGAGUAUAUUGCUACGUCCAAUUAUGAAGAUUUAGACCCGCCUCAUGUUAUGGUUCUUACCAACUCCCAAUUAAUCACCUUGCAAGCUCUAAAUCCAUUGUCGCCCAUUAAUGAAUUUGCCUUUGACAUUUCCAACUCCAUUGGAAACGGAUUCAAUCUAGAGUUUGAGUUUGUUUCGUACGGCUUGCUUUUGUUUAAGGAGAAAGAGGCAAAUCAUGAACUCCUCCUAGUCAAUCCUCUCAGGGGAGAAGUUCUAAAGCUCCCACCACCGCUGCCACACUGCGGCUAUGAAUUGUAUGCUAUGGGAUACGAUGUCAUGACUAGCACCCACAAGAUUGUUCGUCUUUUUGGACCCCGCGGCCACCCGGACCACAUGGUGGUCCAAAUUUAUGUCCUGGGCACAAGCUCCUCAUCGUCAUGGAGACAAAUAUCCUCAGUUCCUCCACUACCUUGUUGUCUAAGCAGCAAAGCCAGUGUGUCUGCAUAUGGAAACAUGCACUGGCUAGUUUAUGUUCUCUCUUCUGAUCUUGAAUUGAGAAUACUUUCUUUUGACUUCAAAAGGGAAGAGUUCGAAUGGAUUCCUCAUACCAACUUGCCAGACUUCGACAAACGUAUUGAUCUUCACCUUAUUAAUUUUAGAGGACGUCUCUCCAUUGUUGAUGUUUCUGCAAUUUCAUCACCACAAAAAAGUGACCAUGACCAAAUUGAGAUAUGA